AUGGAUACUCAGCGAACCCUCGUUUUGAUCACUGGUGCAAACCAAGGCAUUGGUUACGAAGUUGCCAAGCUCCUCCUCUCCUCACAAGAGAAUUAUUACAUUCUUCUCGGUUCUCGGGAUGCAGAGCGUGGCGCUAAAGCCGUUGCUGAGUUGGACCCCACUGGUCAAUCGGUGGAGCUGGUCACCAUCGACGUAAGCGACGACGCCUCAAUCGAGCAAGCAGCAGAGCACGUCGACUCAAAACAUGGGCGCCUCGAUAUUCUCGUAAACAACGCGGGCAUCAACAAUGAGCUCGAUGCUCUCUUGCAGCAGCGAAAAAAGCAAGAAGAGAAUAACCCCGAUGGAUCAAGCGACUUUGUAAAGCUGCGAGAAGAAAUGAAGCUGCAAAAGACUAAGAAAGCCGACCUUUCCCAGCUUCGAAAGCUAUACCGCGAUGCAUACGAAGUCAACGUCUUCGGUGCUGCUGCAACAACUGAGGCCUUCAAAUCUCUUCUUGCGAAAGCCGUAGCCUUACCACCCCGCAUCGUCUUCGUUUCUUCGCACACGGGGUCGAUGGGGCUACGGAGUGAACAAUCACUUGGGAACUGGGAGAAGCUUCGCAGCCCUUCCUUCCCGAUCUACCGCAGCACCAAGGCAGCUCUUAACAUGUUAACGCUGCAUUAUGCGGCAUUGUUCGAAGAACAGGGGUGGAAGGUCAAUGCCUCGGCUCCAAAUCUGACUGCGACCAAUUUCUCGCGUGGGACCGGACGGCCUGCAUCUGAAUCUGCUGUUAAUAUUGUACGGUUGGCGACUUUGUCGGCCGACGGGGAGACAGGCACGUAUUCUGAUGAGAAUGGGACUGUGCCGUGGUAG